GGCAUGCUGAGUAAUCCUGCUGUAAAUGGGCGAGGACACGGACACACGGAAAAUUAACCACAGCUUUCUGCGAGACCACAACUAUGUGACUGAAGCUGAUAUUAUUUCUACAGUUGAGUUCAACCACACUGGAGAACUGCUGGCUACUGGUGACAAGGGGGGCCGAGUUGUUAUAUUCCAAAGGGAACCUGAGAGUAAAAAUGAGCCUUACAAUCAGGGGGAGUACAAUGUUUACAGCACUUUCCAGAGCCAUGAACCUGAAUUUGAUUAUUUGAAGAGUUUGGAGAUAGAAGAAAAAAUAAACAAGAUCAAGUGGUUACCACAGCAAAAUGCAGCUCACUCACUCCUAUCAACAAAUGAUAAAACAAUCAAAUUGUGGAAAAUUACUGAAAGAGAUAAGAGACCGGAGGGGUACAACUUAAAAGAUGAAGAAGGAAAGCUUAAAGAUCUUUCUACAGUAACAUCACUGCAGGUGCCUGUAUUGAAACCCAUGGAUUUGAUGGUGGAAGUCACUCCCAGGAGAAUCUUUGCUAAUGGUCACACCUAUCAUGUCAACUCAAUAUCCGUCAACAGUGACUGUGAGACGUACAUGUCAGCGGAUGAUCUGAGGAUUAACCUCUGGCAUUUAGCUAUCACAGAUAGGAGCUUCAAUAUUGUGGAUAUAAAGCCAGCCAAUAUGGAGGACCUGACAGAAGUGAUUACAGCCUCUGAGUUCCAUCCCCACCACUGCAAUCUCUUUGUCUACAGCAGCAGCAAAGGAUCCCUGAGACUCUGCGACAUGAGGGCAUCGGCCCUCUGUGACAAACAUUCCAAGCUUUAUGAAGAACCAGAAGACCCCAGUAACAGAUCAUUUUUUUCAGAAAUUAUCUCUUCAGUGUCAGAUGUCAAAUUCAGUCACAGUGGUAGAUACAUGCUUACAAGAGAUUACCUCACUGUCAAGGUUUGGGAUCUGAACAUGGAAACAAAGCCUGUAGAAACGUACCAGGUCCAUGAUUACCUUAGAAGCAAGUUAUGUUCCCUCUAUGAAAACGACUGCAUCUUUGACAAGUUUGAAUGUGCAUGGAAUGGAUCAGACAGUGUGAUAAUGACAGGUGCAUAUAACAACUUCUUUCGAAUGUUUGACCGCAACACCAAGCGGGAUGUGACCUUGGAGGCUUCCCGGGAGAGCAGCAAACCACGAGCCAUCCUUAAGCCCCGGAGAGUCUGCGUUGGAGGCAAGAGGAGGAAAGAUGACAUCAGUGUUGACAGUUUGGACUUUACUAAGAAGAUCUUGCACACAGCAUGGCACCCAACCGAGAACAUCAUUGCUAUAGCAGCGACAAACAAUCUGUACAUAUUUCAGGAUAAAGUGAACUCAGAAAUGCACUAGAUUUAUCAAUAUCCCUCUAUAUUUACAAACCAGCCUCUUGAGAGUUGUAGAAGGAUGUGAUCUUCACAAAAAUUGUCGCUUCUGUGGUGGGAUUUGUAGGUUGCAUCCUUUCAUCCCUCAGCCUGUAUCAUUAUUGGUGGCAAGCCAAUUCUUUUCCAUCACUGCAACUGUAUGAGUAAAAGGCACGAGUGCAAAUCCA